UAGAAGCGAAGUUGGAGGGGAGGGGGGGGUCUCCAUGCACAUCCCCGGAAGAGAAAGAGGCCUGCAGAGGAGGAUGAAGAGAGAAGUUACCUGCAUUGAAGUACAUUGUGGCAACAGCUGAGAGAGUCCCAGAAGUGGCCCAGUUUACGCCUCCUUCUCCUCCUCCGUCCUUUUCACUGGCAACGCAAUGGCCUCUGGUAAACCCUCUGAAUGGUGUCUUCUUAAAGAUGGAGUGGAAAGAGGAGCCAGGCAGCUUCCUCAGGUAGCGAAAGAGCAACAGGAGCAGGCCCUCUUGACCUUUGAGGAGGUGGCUGUGUUUUUCACGGAGGAGGAGUGGGCUCUGCUGGAUCCAGGCCAAAGAGCUCUGCACAAGGAAGUCAUGGAGGAGAAUUAUGAGAUGGUGGCCUCUUUAGGUGAUGGAGAAGGCAAUCAGAAUUAUGAGGGGCCAUCUGUGAAGUACUUCCGUGCAAGUGAAGACCUUAGCACACAUCUACAAACUAACACAGGGGAUAAACCUUUUAAAUGUAUGGAGUGUGGAAAGAGCUUCAGUGGGAGUCAAAUUUAUACUCAACAUCUACGGACUCACACAGGGGAGAAACCAUUUUGGUGUAUGGAGUGUGGGAAGGGCUUCAGUCAGAGUGGAACCCUUACUAGACAUCAACGGAUUCACACAGGGGAGAAACCAUUUAAAUGUAUGGAUUGUGGGAUGGGUUUCAAUGAAGGUAGAAAACUUACUAGACACCAACUGAUUCACACAGGGGAGAAACCAUUUACAUGUAAGGAUUGUGGAAAGAGCUUCUUUGAGAGGAGAGUUCUUAGAACACAUCAACGAAUUCACACAAGGGACAAACCAUUAAUAUAUAAGGAGUGUGGAAAGAGUUCCAGUCAGAAACAACAAAUCAACAAUCAACAAAUUCACACAGGGGAGAAACCAUAUAGAUGUAUGGAAUGUUGGAAGGGUUUCAGUGAAUUUGCAGCACUUACAAGACAUCAACGAACUCACACAGGGGAGAAACCCCUUAGAUGUAUGGAGAUUGGGAAGGGUUUCAGUGAAGGUGCAACACUUACAAGGCACCACCGAACUCACACAGGGGAUAAAUCAUAUAGAUGUAUGGAGUUUGUGAUGGGUUUCAGUGAAGGUGGAAAACUUGCAAGAUAUCAACGAACUCACACAGGUGAGAAACCAUUUAAAUGUAUGGAAUGUGGGAUGUGCUUCAGUCAUAGGGGAAAGCUUACAAUACAUCAACGAACUCAUACAGGGGAGAAACCAUAUAUAUGUACGGAGUGUGGGAAGGGUUUCAGUGUAGCUGGAAAACUUACAAGACAUCAACAAACUCACCAAGGGGAGAAACCAUUUAGAUGUUUGGAGUGUGGAAAGGGCUUCAGAGAAAAUGGAAAACUUACUAUACAUCUACGAACUCACACAGGGGAGAAACCCUUUAGAUGUACAGAGUGUGGAAAGAACUUUAGUCACAAAGGAAAUCUUAUCGUACAUCAACGAACUCAUACAGGGGAGAAACCAUUUAAAUGUAUGGAGUGCGGAAAGAGCUUCAGUCAGGGUGGAAACCUUACCGAACAUAAACGAACUCACACAGGGGAGAAACCAUAUGAAUGUAUGGAUUGUGGGAAGUGCUUCUGUAAUGGUGUAACUCUUAGAAAACAUCAACGAUCUCACAAAGAAGCAACAGUUUAAAUAUUAGGAGUGUGGAAAGCUUUCCAGUUAUAAUGCAGUUCUUAAUUAACACGGACUCUCACAGGGAGGAACCCAUUUAGAUGUAUGGAGUGUGCCAUGUCUUCCCCCCCAGAGUUCACUUUGUCUCUCAUAUCAACAAACUCUUAUAGGGAAAGUGCAUUGUAAAUGCAUGUAGUGUGUUUUGUUUUCGUAUUUGUAUGGAAUGUUGUACAUGUAUUAAAGCAACGAGGGUAAUGUCUCAUAAUAUAAUACUAAGUAUAAUGAAAGAUACAGUGUACUAGUUACAGGUAGGUAGCCGUGUUGGUCUGACCUUCCAGCAGCACCUUAGAAACCAACUAAGUUUGUCAUUGGUAUGAGCUUUCGUGUGCAUGCACACUUCUUCAGAUACACUGAAAUAGAAGUCCCCAGAUGCUUAUAUAUAGUGAGAGGGUGGAGAGGGGUAUUCUCAGGAGGGUGGUGGGAAUGGGUGAUUGACUGAUAGUUGUUGACGACUUCAGCUCUCUAUAUUGGACAAACAGGCCAAACCCUACGCCAAAAGAUAAAUGGACAUAAAUCUGACAUCAGGAAUCACAUUUACCACUCCUAUCAGCCAAUCACCCAUUCCCACCACCCUUCUGAGUAAUACCCCUCCCCACCCUCUGACUAUAUAUAAGGGUCUGGUGCCUUCUGUUUCAGUGUAUCUGAAGAAGUGUGCAUGCACACAAAAGCUCCUACCUAUGACAAACUUAGUUGGUCUCCAAGGUGCUGCUGGAAGAAAUUUAUACAAUGUACUGUUAGGGAUGUGCAGAAUGUGACUCUCGAGGGCUCAUUGUGAGUGAACAUGUGCUGAGAGUCCAUUGGUAUUUGAUCUUUGGCAGACAUAGGAAUGGAGAGUUGUGAAAAGUAGAACACAACGGUGGUGUUUAGGAAGCAGGAUAGGCUCUGGAAUCCUGUAACUGUAGAAUUGAAAGGGACUCUAGUCUAGCUCCCUGCUAUAAGAACAGUAGCAUUAAGACCAUUUUUAUAAUUGCAAUAAAGGAAGAAUGAAAACACAGAAAGACUGAAAAGUAAUCCUUAAACCAUCCUACGUUGUUUAUGUUUUACAAAUUAAUUGUUUUACAUUACCUUCUCAUUCAUGGUUACAUGUCAUGUCUGGGAGUCCCCCCCUCCCUUUUGGUAGUUGAGCAGUUGGUAGUUUUCUAGUCUUUUUAUUACCUUAUGUUGCUACCACCAAUAGGCAACUCCUCGCAAGGAUUGCAGUUCUUACCCACUUCCAACAGGGCGUCCCUGCUUCUCAUUUUUUUUCUUUGACAGGCACAUAUAUCAGAGAGUUUGGGGAGGGAGGGAGUUCCCCCCACUCUGGUUGGUGUAUUGGUUAGGUGCCUCCCUCCUUACUGUUUCCUAGCUACUAUCUCAAAGCUUGGUAGCUCCUGUCUCAACUGUGCAGCCUCUGAAUCUGCCUGUCUCUCUGCUUCAUGAAACUCUGGGAGGGGGGUGGGGGUGGGAUCUUUCCUCUCCUCUUCUGUUAGAAGCUGAUCUUCCUGCGAUUGCAUUCCCCCAUCCUCCGAUUCACACCAGCCCCUGACGGGAAGAUCCAACAUGGGGAGGGAAGGUGGCACAGGAAAAUGUGGGCAUUGCCAGUGGUUUCAGGAGAGCCAUUUCCCUGCGGAGAGAGGAAUCUUUCUGCCCACAUAACUGGCCCAUCUUUCAGAAAUCUGUAGAAAGAGCAGGAAGUAUAGGAGGCUGAAAGCAGAGUUCAUCUGGAGCUUCUCCCUCUGCCAGCAUUGAGCAUUUGCCCAUGACAUAAAGAAGCCACAGCAGGUGCUGCAAGCUGCCCACAGUUGGACUUCACCCCCAAAGGCAUCCCCCUCCAUCGCCCCCCCCCCCCGAGACAGACAGAUGCCAACAGGGGGCUCUUUGCCUGCAGAGGCUUUCACCCGGGGCCUUCUUCUGCAUGCAAAGCAUUGGAUUUGAGACCUUUAUUUAAACAACGUUCAUUUAUUUAAAGUAAAUACACCUUUGUCCAGUGUGAUGAAAUCACAAAAUGAUCACUCCAAUCCUCAGUCCCACAUCACAGUCAUGUUGGCUCCCCCAAUACCCUCAAUAGGAACCUAAUCAUUAUAUGCCCUCCACAAAUACCUCUGUGAUGAUGAUGAUGGCAUUAAAAUAUCCUGUUCUUCAAUCAAGGGAGAAAAAGAGAGACCAGAUUUUGUCAAAGGUAUCUUUUUGGAGAUACCUUUGAUUAGACACCAAUGAUAUGUUAGGCGUUCUGAUAGAGCAAUGCUCCAGAUGUUAUUAAUCCAAGCCUCUAUUGUUAUUUUAGAGGUUUUCCUCCAUCAUGGGCAAUGACUAGUCUACCUGCUGUGAACAGAAAUAUUUAUUCUUUAGAUUGAAGCGUAGAAUACGGGGUCAAAUUUGGAUAUAAUAAGGCAAGUGCUGAGUAAGGACAGAUAGAUUGUUUAGAGAUUUUGGAGGUCAGAUAAAAAGCUCUUCCCCAGAAGACAUGGACCAUGCUACACUCCCACCAAACGUGAAAAUAGGAAUGAGACCUUCUGCAUGCAAAGCAACUGUUCUGACCCUGAGCUGCACCC